AUGUGUCUCGUAUUUGCGGCUAUUGGAGCGUUUGUCAUUAACACUCCAGUGGUUGUGUUAGGAUUACCGAUUAUUUUAGAAUGGGCCAAACAAAAUAAGGUGUCAGCAUCAAAGUUUCUCCUGUCAUUGUCAUACAUAACUUCUGGGAGUGGAUUUUUGACAUUAAUUGGAAAUUCGUCAAAUAUUGUUGUAAAUGGAAUCUAUACUGCCGCUGGUUUUUCUCCCUUGACAUUUUAUGAAUUUUUCUAUCUUGGAAGCAUUCUUUGUUUACUAACGAUCAUUUAUUUGAUGACAUAUGUCUUAUGGAUUCUACCUGAUGAAGUAAGAGGUGCCAAAAACGCACAAAGAGCUUCUAUACGUUUUGCUAAUCGGUUUUCUUCAAAGAAACCUCCAAUGAACGACAGACAUGAACAGUUUGUUACUGUUAUAAGGAUGUCACAUCUAGCUAAUCAAGAAAAACACACAAAAGCUUUCAAAUUGUACUCUAAUUUGUUGGGAAAGAAUGAAUCUAAUGUCAUGAAAGCACUUGGUUUCGAAGGAGUGACGCUUGAAGAAAUAAUAAGACCAUUAACUCAGACAGAAGAACAAGGUAAAGACAAGGAAUCUUCAUCACCAAUGCCUAACCUUCAGUCAAACAACCACAGUAAGGACGAUUCAACAACCUCAACAGCAGACUCUGUUGUCAUUGAAUAUUCAAAAGAGAUGGAAUCCCCCAAUUUGAAUCUAAAGGAAUCUUCAAAAGUUAGAAUAAGAACACCAAUUCCUAAAAAUGUAUUAAUAGAAAAGGAUGAUGUUUUAAUAUUUAAGGGUUCUCCAAAGUCCAUUCUCUUAUUACAAGAUAUGGUAUUUGAACAAGAUACGUCUCAUUAUGAGGAAGAAAGCUUUGAAACAACUAAGGUGGUGACAAACCAUGAUCUUGCACGAACGGAAUCAACUGCAAGCGGAGACUUUAAUGUGAUAACACGAGUUGUCAUUGGAGAGAGAUUAAACCCAGCACUCCAAAUAUCAGAAACGAAUAAGAAGAUGAAGACAAAUGUCGAACAAUUUGAUUCCAAAACAUUGGAAUUCUUUGAAGUUGUUAUUGGUCCUUCAAAUCCAUGUGUUGGAGAAGAAUAUCAAGAGUUUGAAAAGAGAUAUCGACUGACUGUAUUGGCCAUCAGAAAUUUUUAUUUUACAUCUGAAAAGGAUGAACACGAUUUGAAGACAUUGACAGUUAAUAUUGGAGACACUUUACUGGUGGUUGGAAAAACAAAUUUUUAUAUUAAUUUCCAUGACUCCCAUAGAGAAUUCUACAUGAUUUCACGUUUCAACGAAGUAGCUCCUUCAUUUGAUGCAUUCAAAUCAAAACCUUUUCUAUUGAAGGUUCCAUUUUCAAAGAGAAUUUUACAUUUAUGGUGGUGGGAGCAUUGGAUUUUUCUAUUCUUUUUUGCAAUGAUUGGUUGUUCCAUUGCGGGAUUUCCAAUGGUGCAAUGCACUUUUAUUUGUUUCUGCGUUGUGAUUGCUUUUGGAUUAAUUUCUCCCUCUGCUGCAAUUGAUUCUGUGGAUUGGGGUUUAGUUGCCUUGGUUGGUGCAUCAUUUGGAAUUGGAACUGCCAUCACUCAAAGUGGAGUUGGGCAAGGAAUUACAGAAGUGUUGAAAAAUUCACAGAUUCCUUCAAUUCUAUUACCUACUUUUGUGACAGGAAUAACCUUAAUCAUUGCAAACAUCAUCACUAGUAGUGCCUGUGCUGCCAUAUGUAUUCCAAUAGCGAUUUCUGUUGCUCAAGCCUAUCACUUAAACCCCAGAUGUUUUGUGAUGUGCGUGGCUUAUGCCUGUCAAGCAGGUUUUGCAUUUCCAUUAGGUUUUAGUGGAAAUUUACUUAUCAUGGGCAUUGCAGGAUAUAGAUUCUUGGAUUUUGCAAAAACAGGGUUGCCCUUAACGAUCAUUUAUUGGAUUGUCAUAAGCGUGUUAGCUCCUUUGAUUUGGGGCUUAGAACGUCCAAAUUUUUAA